GUCGGACUCGAGCUCUGCGAAGGGAAAGAACGACGUCAGGGCUUUCAAAAAUAGCUGUAUUUUACCGACGCAAGGGGAGGAUCGGGUGAAUUCGGCCAUUUAAGUGGAAGAGGAGAGAUGACCGAUUGAAUUAUUUAGACAAGCAUGUCAAGAUUCAUGUGGGGAACAAGCAUCAUUUUCAACAUUCUCUGAAUUCAGAUUACUAGAAGAUGGAGUGCAGGGUGUGCCUCGAUACCUAUGACCAGUCGGAGAAAAGGCCCAAGGUGCUGCCAUGUGGCCACAGCUAUUGCUCCAUUUGUGUUGAUGACUUGGUCAAGGAAUACUCCCUGACAUGCCCCAAGUGCCGUGCCCGGUAUGCUGUCUCCGAUGCAUCUCAGUUCCCCUUUGCUUAUGACCUGGAGGAGGUGCUCAGCAAGAUGAGGAUGAUCCCAACAGUGACAACGACCGCUAAGACCCGACCAAAAUCAGGACGAGGAAUUAGUAGAAAGUUGAAUUCACUACGGGAGGAGCAAGAGAACACCAUACUCAACAGCACGUCUGACUGUGAGGAGACACUAUCCCAGCUCCAUGGAUACAAUAAUGACCUCGGAGAGUGGGUGGCAGACCAUGAGGAGCUCAUCAACAAACUCCUAUAUAUGAUAAACCUGCACAAGAAAGCUCAGCAGCUGUUAGAAAAAGAGCAGGACAGAGUGAUGGAGCUGCACCAGGCAGGUAAGCAGCAACAGCAGGUGCUUAGGAUGGCAGAGGACUCACUCGUAGCGGCCCGGACUGCAAAGGAGGUGGUCACUGCCAUCGACCGGGCCGACCGGUACCAUUUGGCAGCCGAGGAGUGGAUUCAGAAGUGCCAGAGCCUUUUCCCAGAUACUGAUACUGUUCACAUGUCCAUUAAGGUACGGGCAGCCACCAGAGAAGCCCUAGAGCUGAUGAUGCAGGAGGCGAAUCGGGAGCAGACGGGCAGUUCCAUCGUCCCCCAAGGAGAUAAAGAUGCUAUCAUGCACAUCCCAGGCGCGUCAACCACGACAAAAUCAGUCAGCGGUAAUACCUCCGUGCCGAUGCAAAUUGCAGAUGACAAUGAGGCUUCAUGCAUGGACCUCGUAGACAGUACUUACUCUUCGCCAAAGCAUUCGUUGUGUGGCUCCAUUCACUCACCCGUACCGGAGCCAACGUCUACCAUCCAGCAUAAGGUCAACCAUAUCAAAAAGACAGCAACAAGGGUGCUCAGGGCGGAGAGUCUCCAGACCGACAGACACGUUAAAGCCUUACUAAACCUAGGGGAGGUGUAUGCUGUGCAGGAGCACCAGGGAAGCCUGCGCUCCGCUAAGAUAACCAUACGGCAGGGAAUGAUUUACCUCCACCACCUCCAGCCUUGCCCCCCUCCAGCUCAUGCCUACACUCUGCCUCACAAUAAGGUCAUAGGUCUCCUCGACCCCUCUUCCACCUUGGCCUUCCUGGAUCUGGCUUGGCCGGGAAUGCCGUCCCAGAGGCUGCACAUCCGAAUGGGUGCCAACAACCUGUGGAGCACGCAGUUCGUCCUCCUGUGCACAGGUGAAUGGGGACCGACCUAUGUCAACACAAAGAUCCUGGAGGUAGAACGCAAAGACAAGCCCGGAGAAUGUCUGGUUGGAGGCGAUUAUGAAAACAACAAUGGCAGUGGUGGGUCUUCCAUCAUGUCAGAACUGGAGCGGGAUGGGCACAGCUGGCUGCCUGACACCACUGGGGCUGUUGUAGCCAGAUGGGGCAAUGACAACCAUCGUGGGGCACAAUUUGGCAUCCGGACCAGAGACUACACUGUGCUGACGGUCCCUACUGCUAUUGGCUUUGUGGAAAGUGGUUUGGACAUUUUGAAAGCUGCAGUAAGUCUACCUGAUAUAAGCAGUGUGACAAUAGUCGACUGCGGUGUUGUUAUUCCCCGCUGACCCUGCUUGACUGUAUCUUCCUGAUGCAACUGUCACAGACAAGACUAUAGUUGGUAAUGUUCAAAGUACACUGAUAUCCUCAAACGUACAAGUGUUCAUCAGACCCAUCACCAUCAUUGCAUAUAUUCUCAGUAAUGUGAUACAUCAUUGUGGGUUUGCAUUUAUAAUGAGAGCGAAUCAUCCUAUACUCUUGUUGAAUGAAGCUGAAUUUUAUAAAGCCUAUUUUUUUAACUUUAAGGUUGAAUUUUGAAUAUGUCCCAGUUGUAUUGUAAAGAAAUGAUAUAUAAUUGUAGAUCCUGUUGAUUCACAGGAGAGUAUGUUCAGAUUUUGAUGUAGAAGUAUAUUGAAAUUUAUUCAGUUUCAUACAUUUUGUUAAGGACUCCAAACCAUACUUAUUUAUGGGGUGUAUAGUAAAAAUCAAGAUUGAAUUAUUCUUCUUACUUAUUUUGUAGUUAAAACAAAUGUUAAUGUAAAAUACUGAGCAUUUGUUAAUCAUUUUCAUCAGCUUUCAUGUUAUCACAUAAUGCAACAUCUUUUGUCAUGAUGAAUGUAUAUAUGAAUUCGCUUACAUCAUAUUUCAUGGGGCGAGGAGGACUGAACGUGUUUUCAAAAUCAGAUCACUUCCUCUGCCUGAAUUUGAGACAAGGCUCUGGGUCUUUUAAGGACAGUGCAGUGGUUUAGGUGCAUUUUAGUGACCAAUCAAAAGGGAUUUCAAAGAUAAAAAAAUGUGGCUUUGGGGUCCUUAAGAAAAUGAGUAAAACUAUAUAACAUGCAUAGCCAUUAUCAUAAGAUUGCUUUGUCAGGAUUUCAUCAAUCCCAUCAUCAAAGUCAUGAAGUUUAUCAUGGAAUGAGUGCAAUUGUAGUUCAACAGAUAGGAUAAUUAUUGAUUAUCUGUUACAGUACAUAAGCUUUAUAUUUGUAACAUUAGCAUGUAGUACAAUAGGAGAUACAGACAGUUAUACAGAUGUGCAUACACACACACACACACACACACACACACACACACACACACACACACACACACACACACACACACACACACACACACACACACACACACACACACACACACACACACACACAUACUACAAAUACACUUUUAUUUAUGUUUUGUAACUCUUGUAUUUAUUUGUCUUAUUACUACUUUUUGACAUACAGUCAUAUACAGGGUAUUUGUCACUGUUAGACAGAGACUUGAGAAUUGUAUACAUCGUUACUGAAAAGCAAAUGGAAAUCAGAUUAACAGGUCUGCUUUGUAUGAGUUAACCAAGCCAAAAUAAGAUUACGCAUGACCAAAAGCCAGUGGCGGUGACAUUUACUUUUUGAAAGAAGGAAUGUGAAGUCUGAUGGAGGAGCUCAGAAAGAAGGCUUGAUUAUGGCCAUUUUCUUAAUCUAGUACAUACUUUGGUGCAAGUGUUGAUGUAAGGUUUGCUUUGAUCCAGUUGUGGAAAAAAGAAAAAUAGAAGAUCUAUUGUAAAAUUAGGAAAUGGUAUUUGGUUCUUGUUGAAUUGAAGACCUUUUUGAAAUACCAGGUAGCAGGAUGAUGGGAUGUUUGUGUAUAUAUAUAAGUGGUAGAAUCAUGAUUUUUCCAAGCGUUUAAGCACAUGAAAAAUGUGUGAAACCUGAGAGGGUCCUAUUGGAGUUCGGCCCAGUGAGUUAAUUGAGCAUUAAUGAAUGAGAGACUGUGAGUCUGUGUUUGUAUUAUUGCUCUCUUGGGUGUGGCGUUCUCCUUACUUUUUCCGAGCAGAUAUCUCAAGAAAGGCUGUGGAGCAGAUGUGAGGUCUCGAGGCAGACGAUCAAGAAGAGGACUGUUAUAGGUAAUUCCCAGGGAAAGGUAAGUGGAUCUUUUUAUCUUUUUAAGAGAGCAUAAGGAGGAAUUCAGUCAAUGAUGUAUAUUGUAGACCUGGGGAAAGACCAAAGGGCAUUGUAGAAUUUAAGAAUUAAAAGUAUGUGGGUCAGAUUGGAAUGGGUGAGGAUGCUGUAAGCCACAUUGACACUGGCAGCCAUCUCAUGUAAGUGGGCGGAGGCAAUAAGCUUUAAAAUGCUACAGAUACGUCAACACUGGUAGUGAGCAAGAGUGGGCAAGUAUAGGCAAGUACAGGAAACGUAAACUUAGCAUUUCUAAAGCUAAGGUCACACUAGUCAUCGCUGUCCCGGGACCCCUGGACAACCUCGCCGAAGUCUGGCCAGCUACAGCUUUGUGAUUGGUCAGCUGACCUGACUUUGGCAAGGCUGUCCAGAGAUCCCAGGAGAGAGAAGACUAGUGUGACCUUAGCUUAAGUUGAAUUACACGAUUCAAGAUUAUACUCAGUAAUGACAACUAGAAUAAUUAAUGAAAUUAAAGCUUACUCAGUUUACCCAUAAAUUUUAUAAAUUCCAUAAUACAGAAACAAAGCAGCUGCCUCCUCAUGUCUGUUUGCAUUUGCUUGCUGCUAAUGUGUGCAUGGCUUUAUGGUGCAUUCCUGCAGGGAGCAUCAGUAGAGCAGAGUGAAGAAGUUUACGAAGGCUUAUUUCAGACCUGUGUCCCUCAAAAUCAGCCAGUUCCAAAUUGCAAUUUUAUUUAUUUUUGUUAUUAUUGGUAUUAUCAUUAUUGAUGUUAUUAUUAUUAUUAUUAUUAUUAUUAUUAUUAUUAUUAUUACUGUUAAUACUAUUAGUAUUAUUGUUUGUAUUAGUAGUAGUAUUAUUAGUAUUAUUCCUAUUAUUUUUGUUUUUAUUGAAGUUAGUAUAUUUGUUGUUAUUUUUAUUAAUGUUAUAAUUUGGGGGGGUAUCUCACAUUAUUAAGAUGAAAUGCACAAGGUCUCAGGAACUCCCUAUAACACAUACGUAAACUUUAAUGACUGGAGAUAAUUACAACAAAGCACCUUUGGUCAUGAACAGUUUAGGCUAGGAAAGAAAAAA